AAAUUAAAAAAAAAAAAUAGCGGUACCAUACAUAGUCUUCCCCUCCUUGGUCUACCGGGAAGGCCGGGCAAGGACGCUGAAUGGACGGAGGGGGCGGAGCUGGACAGGGGCGGCAGGCCUCCCUCCCCGGGUCUUCUCAGGUGACAGACCCUCCGGGUUCCCGCCCCUCCUGCUGCCUAUCCAGGAGCCCUGGCCCAGAGCAGCCCGCGGCUUGGCUUUGAGAGCUCUACCGUCGGUGCGCGCACCGGCCUCGCGUCCGCAGCACCAGCCGCCCCCAUGGCCGCGGCGGCCGGCCCCCGCAGCCUCCUCGCGCUCCUCCAGGUGCUCGCACUAGCGCUGGCGCAGAUCAGAGGUCCACCGGGAGAGCCUGGGCCCCCGGGGCCCCCGGGGCCGCCAGGAGUGCCUGGAUCCGACGGCAUCGACGGUGACAAGGGACCCCCUGGGAAGGCUGGGCCUCCAGGACUUAAGGGAGAACCUGGCAAAGCGGGGCCAGAUGGGCCAGAUGGAAAGCCGGGGAUAGAUGGUCUAACUGGAGCCAAAGGAGAGCCUGGCCCCAUGGGAACCCCUGGAGUAAAGGGCCAGCCUGGGAUCCCAGGUCCCCCUGGUCUGCCGGGCCCUGGCUUUGCUGGACCUCCUGGACCACCUGGACCCAUUGGCCUCCCUGGGGAGAUUGGAAUCACAGGUCCCAAGGGGGAUCCUGGACCAGAAGGACUAUCAGGGCCCCCAGGGCCCCCUGGGAAACCAGGCCGCCCCGGAACCAUCCAGGGUCUAGAAGGCAGCGCAGAUUUUCUGUGUCCAACCAACUGUCCAGCAGGUGUGAAAGGCCCCCAGGGGCUGCAGGGAGUGAAGGGACAUCCUGGCAAACGAGGGGUUCUUGGAGAUUCCGGCCGCCAGGGGAAGCCAGGUCUCAAGGGAGAUGUGGGUGCCUCUGGAGAGCAAGGCAUCCCUGGACCACCGGGUCCCCAGGGUGUCAGGGGCUACCCAGGCACAGCAGGUCCCAAAGGAGAAAUGGGGCCUCGUGGGUACAAAGGCAUGGUGGGCUCUGUUGGUGCUGCUGGUUCACCAGGUGAAGAAGGUCCAAGGGGUCCACCAGGUCGUGCAGGGGAGAAAGGUGAUGUGGGCAGCCAAGGUGUCCGAGGACCUCAGGGAAUAACAGGCCCUAAGGGAGCAACCGGUCCCCCAGGCAUCGAUGGCAAGGACGGUACCCCUGGAACACCUGGCAUGAAGGGCAGUGCAGGACAGGCAGGGCGGCCAGGAGGCCCAGGUCACCAGGGUCUGGCGGGUGUUCCAGGUCAACCUGGGACAAAAGGAGGCCCUGGAGAUAAGGGUGAGCCAGGACAGCGGGGCCUCCCCGGAUUCUCUGGUCCCCCUGGAAAGGAGGGAGAACCAGGACCUAGAGGAGAAAUCGGUCCCCGAGGCAUCAUAGGGCAGAAGGGUGACCAGGGUGAGAGGGGGCCAGUAGGGCAGCCAGGCCCUCAAGGACGACAGGGACCCAAAGGGGAACAGGGACCUCCUGGAAUUCCUGGACCCCAAGGCUUGCCAGGCAUCAAGGGAGACAAGGGCUCCCCAGGAAAGACCGGCCCCCGCGGCGGAGUGGGCGACCCUGGAGUAGCGGGCCUCCCAGGAGAGAAAGGCGAGAAGGGCGAGUCUGGGGAACCUGGGCCCAAGGGACAGCCAGGAAUCCGAGGAGAGCCUGGCUACCCCGGCCCCAGUGGGGAUGCGGGCGCCCCAGGAGUGCAGGGCUACCCUGGGCCCCCGGGCGCUCGAGGCCUGGCUGGAGACAGAGGUGUGCCUGGACAGCCCGGGAGGCAAGGCGUGCCGGGCCGGGAUCCCAGUGAUCAGCACAUCGAGGAUGUGGUGCUGAAAAUGAUGCAAGAGCAACUGGCAGAGGUGGCUGUGAGUGCCAAGCGAGAGGCCCUAGGUGCAACAGGGAUGAUUGGCCUCCCAGGCCCUCCUGGGCCUCCUGGGUAUCCAGGCAAGCAAGGACCCCAUGGUCACCCUGGACCUCGGGGCAUUCCUGGCAUCGUGGGAGCUGUGGGUCAGAUUGGUAACACGGGUCCCAAAGGAAAACGUGGUGAGAAGGGUGAUCAGGGAGAUGUGGGACGUGGGCAUCCCGGGAUGCCUGGACCUCCUGGGAUCCCAGGACUCCCUGGCCGACCUGGCCAGGCAAUCAAUGGCAAAGAUGGAGAUCGAGGGUCCCCAGGAGCCCCAGGAGAGGCAGGACGACCAGGGGUUGCAGGUCCUGUGGGACUACCAGGCUUCUGUGAGCCUGCAGCCUGUCUUGGAGCCUCAGCCUAUGCCUCAGCCCGCCUCACAGAGCCUGGAUCCAUCAAGGGGCCGUGAACAUCAGACCAGGACUGAGUCUGGCAUGCAUUUGUGUAUGUGUGUAUUGGGGGGAGGGGGAGAUAAGGUCUCUAUUUGAGUAGGCGCAGAUCUAUACCCUGCCCCUCAGUCCAGGAAGCUAGUUUUCCUAGGACUGUAAAUCUGGGACACAAGAGUACUAUUAAAAAAAUUCUAAAGUGGGAGAAUGGGAGGAAGUGUAUCAGAUUGAAAAGGUGAUCAACCAUCAGGGCAGUAUCACUGAAAAGUUCAUUCUCCUGAGAGAACAGGGUGGCCCUUCCUUCCCAGAGUGCCACCUGGAUGUUACCAAAAGAAAUGUCUUCUUAAUCUCUGGUCACCUUGUUCUUAUAGCAGUAGACUGAGGUCUCUGCCAGCUCCUGAUCCCAUUUUCACCCCCUGGACUUCCUGAGUGUUUGGGGGGGUUCUACCAUGAGGUGACCAGACUUAUGCCAAUCCUUCUACUUCCUCUCUGCCUCCUUCUUGGCCACGUAUUUAAGCAUCUGCCUCCUCUUUCUGAUAUUACCCUCUUAUAUCAGCCAUAGCUCCAUUGAGGCCUUUCUGUAAAUAAAACUCUUUAACUUGGGUACAAA